CGUCCCAUCCUCUCUCCCUCUCCCUCUCACGCAAGAGCUUCAUCUCUCUCCGCCCCGAUAUCCCACUCCUCUCGCCUCGUCCGUGGCCGUCCGUCACGAACCUCAAUUCCCCUCAAUUGCCCAUCUUGGCUGGUGAGUGCUUUUUCCCCCGCGCCGCUCUCGCCUGCGUCAGUCCAUAUUCGCGCUCGUAUGUCGCUCGCUAACAUCCCUUCUCCGCCAUCUAGAGAGACAUUAAUUCCCUCCCGACAAUGCUCAGCGUCGCUCUCCGGAGGCGACUCCUCGCCCCUACCCACAAUGCCCUGCGAACCGGCUUCGCUGCGCAUGUCGUGCGACACUAUGCCUCGUUCCCCGAGCACCAGGUCGUCAAGAUGCCCGCUCUGUCGCCCACCAUGCAGCAUGGCAACAUCGGAUCCUGGCAGAAGAAGCCCGGUGACUCCAUCGCCCCCGGCGACGUCCUGGUAGAGAUCGAGACCGACAAGGCCCAGAUGGACUUUGAGUUCCAGGAGGAGGGUGUUAUUGCCAAGAUCCUCAAGGAGUCUGGCGAGAAGGAUGUUCCUGUUGGCAGCCCCAUCGCCGUCCUUGUCGAGGAGGGUACCGAUAUCUCCGCCUUUGAGAAGUUCUCCAUUGAGGAUGCUGGUGGUGCCGCCGCCCCCGCUGCCCCCAAACAGGAGAAGACCGAGUCCAAGUCCGAGCCCUCGUCCACUCCCGCGUCUACUCCUGAGCCCGAGCAGUACACCUCUUCCGAGGGCCGACUCCAGACUGCUCUCGACCGUGAGCCCAACAUGAGCGCCGCCGCCAAGCGACUCGCCCGCGAGAACGGCAUCAGCAUCGAUGGCCUCAAGGGCACCGGUCAGGGUGGCAAGAUCACCGAGGAGGAUGUCAAGAAGGCCCUCAGCAGCCCCGUUGUCGCUGCUCCCGGUGCCACCUUUGAGGACAUCCCCAUCAGCGGCAUGCGCAAGACCAUUGCCAACCGCCUGGUCGAGUCCACCCAGACCAACCCUCACUUCUACGUCACCAGCUCCGUCUCGGUCAGCAAGCUGCUCAAGCUCCGCCAGGCUCUCAACAGCUCUGCCGACGGCAAGUACAAGCUGUCUGUCAACGACUUCCUCAUCAAGGCCAUGGCCGUUGCCAGCCGCAAGGUUCCCCAGGUCAACUCCAGCUGGCGCGAGGGCAACAUCCGCCAGUUCAGCACCGUCGACGUCUCGGUCGCCGUCUCCACCCCCACUGGUCUCAUCACCCCCAUCGUCACCGGUGUUGAGGGCCGUGGCCUCGAGGCCAUUUCCUCCAAGGUCAAGGAACUCGCCAAGAAGGCCCGCGACGGCAAGCUCAAGCCCGAGGAGUACCAGGGUGGUACCAUCUCCAUCUCCAACAUGGGCAUGAACCCCGCCGUUGACCACUUCACCGCCGUCAUCAACCCUCCCCAGGCCGCCAUCCUUGCCGUUGGCACCACCCGCAAGGUUGCUGUCCCCGCCCAGAACGAGGACGGCAGUGCCGGUGUCGAGUUUGACGACCAGAUCAGCCUCACUGCCAGCUUCGACCACAAGGUCGUUGACGGUGCUGUCGGUGCUGAGUGGCUCCGCGAGCUCAAGAAGGUCCUCGAGAACCCCCUUGAGCUGCUUCUGUAA